UUAAAUGUAUCUUAUAUCGUAAUUUAUUCAGCAAAAUAAAUCAGACCAAUUGGUUUAAUUCAAUUACCAAGAUACAUAAAUUUAGUUCGAUAUGUAUCAGAAAGGUGGCAAAUCUCACAAACUGCGGAAUUAAACGCUCGAAGAAAAUAUUUCUUUUCUCACCGCUGGGAUAUUGUUAUUAUGAUGCAACAGCGAAUGAAGCAGCAGCGUGUUAUGAGAGGGCUAUUUGAGAUUCUGUAACGGCAAUACGAGGGCAGUAUGGAAUUGCUUCCAUAAAGCCAAUAAGUCGUGUGUGUUAUUUUAAUACAGAAGUGAAGAAGGCGCUUUGUGACUUACGCCGUGAGACCGAGAUAUGAAUAUGUGAUUUAAAUACAGAUUUUAACAUUAAAGUUUGGAUUAUUUCUUUAAUGUAGUCUUUGAAUAAAUCUUAUUGCAAAAAAGACAGAUCGUUUUCCUUAAGAAUAGUAUUUGGUGUCUUAUAUUGGUAUAUGGUUUCUGUGGACUUUUUCAUAUAUGUUUAGGAAUAUAAGCUCAGAUGCAUUUGUCGCAAAGAACGGAUGAAUAUCGGAUCACUAAUCUAACACCGUUGAUAACAUUUUACUCACUUAACACUUUAGACCCAGUGCAGCGAUAUUUUACAUCUGAAUAUCGCUUGUAAACAAAGUUGGUAAUUUGUUUUGAUCAGUAUAAUAAUAUCCCUCAUUAUCAAUAGCGGCAGAGAAAAACCCCACGCACUGUUAUAUUUGCUUCUUCGCCAAUGGACGUCUUAACAACAUUGACAUUUAUGGGCUCUGAAUACUGGUGAAAAGUGGGAUACAAAUACGCCAUCAAAGGAGAUCAUUCUUGCGGAAUUUGAAUGGAUACUGCGUAACAAAAUGUAUUAGAGCGGAAUCGUAUAGGACGGUUGCUGUGUAAUUUGUUAGUGAGAAAAUACUCGUUAAAGUUCGGGAAAUUGUCUGCAAGCAAAUUCUUCGACCUGUCUAAAAGGAUGACGAUCCGUUUCGCGUUGACGAUCACCGUUCUUAUGACCACGAUUUUGGAUUAUUCCUUACAGGAGAUCGUGUACAUGACUUCCGAGGAGCAAGUCCGAGCCAGAGUUCUUAAGGCCUGGGAAUGUGCAGACCUCAUGAAUGUAACACAUGCCAACGAAACAGACCCACCAUCUUGUCCCGUGAUAUGGGACAAUAUUAUGUGCUGGCCUCUAACUCCAGGCGGUUCACGAGCACAGCAGCCUUGCCCAAACUACAUCAACAAAUUUAAGACACAUGAGUUUGCGAGUCGUGAAUGUCUUCUAAACGGAACGUGGCACGAUCCACGACCAGGCAAAAACACAGAAACAGGGUGGACUAAUUACUCGCUGUGUACCAGCAACGAAAACCGCUCUUCACCCAUACACAACACAUCCAAUAAGUCGCCCAAGAUAAUUGUCUUGAUGAAGGAACAUCAGGCAGCUUUCCGGACGAUGUACAACUUCGGAUUUUCUCUGUCCCUGGUAUCCCUGCUCCUCGCUGUGUUCAUAAUGAUCUACUUCCGGAAACUCCACUGCUCCCGUAAUUACAUCCACAUGAAUCUAUUUAUCGCCUUCAUUCUCCGGGCGGUGACCAACACGGUACGAGAGAACGCAUUUGUCCACAACCUUGGGUUUCCUAUGGAUGUUGAACUGCAACCAAAUGGCGAAGUGGUCUUUACUGAUGGCCCGCACUGGGAGUGUCGGCUGUUUUACGCACUCCAUAAUUACGUGCUGAUGGCGAGCUACAUGUGGAUAUUUGUAGAGGCCGUCUACAUUCACAUGGUCAUCUUCAUCGCGGUUUUCACGGAGAAAAUCAAGGUCAUCUGGUAUAUCCUUUUUGGUUGGAUGUUCCCUUUACCGUUUGUCAUAGCGUGGGCAGUAGCGCGAAUCUACCUCUACAACCAGUACUGCUGGAGUUUGAAUGACAACCAAUUGAUAUUAAUCACACAGAUCCCAAUUUAUAUUACGAUUGUGGUGAAUUUUCUGUUCUUUAUCAAUAUUGUCCGGCUUCUGCUUACGAAGAUGAACGCCGUCCCGCAGUCGAACACCAACAGAUACAGAACACUCGCAAAGAGCCUAGUGGUGUUGAUUCUACUGUUUGGUGUUCACUUCAUCAUCGCUACGUUGCCAGCAGACGACAUUGAUCCCGAAGGAACCAUCUCGUUUGUCUUGCUCAUCAUUGAAAUGUUCUUUAACUCCUAUCAAGGUCUGUUCAUUGCUGUUCUCCUUUGCUUCACAAAUGCUGAGGUCCGGACUGAAAUCAAGAAAUCGUGGAAUAGACUAAACCUUCGGCGAUGCAGCAAUGUUUCCCGAACUAGUCAACACAACCAUAGACGUUCUUUUAGCACCACUGGAACGAAAGUGUCGGAGAUCAGCCGACUUAAUUCUUUAAAUAAACGUUAUGCUUGUGGUAGGAAAUCCUCGGUAUCGGACCUAGAGCAGACAGUGCCACUGUCCAAUUCUCUCGUUCGGCCCUCUGGUAGCAAAGACUGUGAUAUAACAAUAGAAUCAAAAACAAUUGAUAAGCCUGACAAUGAUAAGAGAGCUACAGCUAAUGGCCAUCUUGCGUUUAAUCCGGACGAGUUUGAGUUAAAAAUAAACGUUGUCAAUAUCGAAUGUACCUCGCGCGAUGGAUUAAGUAGAAACACAACAUCGCUUGACAUUGAGACCUUGAAAAAUGGGUGCACCAUUAACACAGAAAUAAUUUUAAACAACAACGUUCAUGCAACUGAAAGUGAGGAAAGAGAAAACGAAGAGGGGAUUGUGUUCAUGGAUGGCUCACAAACAUAGUCUUUGGUGAUAGUGUCUAAAUUUAUUCUUUUUGCACUGACACUGUACAUUUGUUCUCAUUCCUGUUUGUCAUUAAACUAUUUUAAUCAA